AUGGCUACCAAGCUCAGGAUAUUAGUACCUGUCAAGCGGGUCAUUGACUAUGCUGUAUGGCGCCCUCAACCGCAUUUCUGAUCUCUCGACGCACCCCAGGACUGACCAUUGAGCCGAACAGGUCAAACCCAGAGUCAACAAGGCCCAGACGGGCGUCGAGACGAACGUCAAACACAGCAUGAACCCGUUCGAUGAAUUAUCGGUGGAAGAAGCAGUACGCAUGCGCGAGAAGAAGAAGCCUGUGGAGGACAUUCUCGCUUUCUCCGCCGGACCCGCAAAGAGCCAGGACAUUCUGCGGACAGCAAUGGCCAUGGGUGCAGACCGUGGGAUCCAUGUCGUCGAGGAGAAGACAGAGUUGGAGCCGCUGGGAGUCGCAAAGCUACUGAAGAAGGUGGUAGAGCAAGAGGACCGGAAUCUUGUCAUUCUCGGCAAGCAGAGUAUCGAUGACGAUGCGAAUCAGACGGGACAGAUGCUUGCUGGAUUACUGAACUGGCCACAAGCGACAUCAGCAAGCCAGGUCGAGAUCGACGGAGACUCGGUCACCGUGACCAGGGAAGUAGAUGGCGGCGUGGAAACGCUCAAGACCAAGCUACCGAUGAUCAUUACAACGGAUUUGCGAUUGAACGAGCCGAGAUACGCGAGCUUGCCGAACAUCAUGAAGGCGAAAAAGAAGCCGCUAGAUAAGAAGACAUUGGCAGAUUAUGGGCUUGAUGGGACCAAGAGGUUGAAGACGGUCAAGGUUGAAGAGCCAGCGCCAAGACAGGGCGGCGGCAAGGUGGAGGAUGUGGACGGCAUGAUCAGCAAGUUGAAAGAAUUGGGUGCACUCUAG